AUGGGAGGUGGAAAGUCCCCCUCUCGACGUUCAGUUGCUGUAACUAUUAGUCGGUUAAUGGGAGAGCUAAAGCAUGCCAUCUCGAUGGAGGAAGGAGCCGUCGCUGCGGAGCUCUUCUCUGAACAGGAACUGACCUGCUCCAUCUGUCUGGACCUGUUCAGCGACCCCGUCUCCACACCCUGUGGACACAACUUUUGUCAGGCGUGUAUCGGGGGCUACUGGGCCUCCAGCGCGGUGUGCACAUGUCCGCUCUGUAAGAGACAGUUCGACGAGCGGCCGCUGCUCAGCAUCAACAGAGUCUUCGCCCUCAUCGCAAACAAAUACAAGCUGUCCCGCUAUGGCACAGCGACGGCUGGGACAGGCUUCCCCGGCACGGGUUGGGGAGCCGAGCCGCCAACGGAAACGGGUGCAGUGGGGUUAAGCACCUUCGGGGGUAACACGAACCCAUUUCUGAGUGCGGAGCCAGUGGAGGAGAUGGUGAUGUGCGACGUGUGCACGGGGAUCAAACAGCCCGCAGUCAGCUCCUGCCUCACAUGCACAGCCUCGUAUUGUGAGGCCCACGUCCAGCCACACCACAUGACGCCCUUCUACGCCAAACACCGGCUGCUGGACCCCCUUGAGGCACUGAGGGGACGUACUUGUUCGGUACACCGCCGCCUGAUGGAGGUGUACUGUAGGACAUGUCAGAGCUGUAUUUGUGCCAUCUGUGUCCUGGAGGUACAUCGCACACAUAAGACUGUCUCCGUACAAACCGAGAGACUCAGCAAACAGAAACUGAUGGCGAAGGCAGAGCUGGAUAUUCUGAAUUGCAUUGAGGGGAGGAACGUUCGUCUGAUGGAGCUGAAAGAAAGGCUGCAGGGCAUCAAAAGCUAUGCAGAUAGGGAGCAAGGUGAGCUGGAACAUCACCUGGAUGAACUGUCUGGGUCACUGGAGAGGAUCCGCUCUGAGCUGGUGGGCAAGGUCCAGGACAAACGAGUGGCGGUGUUGACAAAGGGGGAGGGGCUAGUGAGCAGUUUGGAGGCGGAGCUAAACCAGUUGAAAGAGAGAAGGGCCAUGCUGGAGGACCAAGCCACAAGCCAAGAUCAUAUCGGCUUCUUGCAGAGGUUUGAGGAGGCCACCGCUCCUCUUUCCACUGACGCCAACCCACAAGAGGAGGUGGAUGAGGAAUCGGAGCUGACUCUCCAUUUCCAACUGGGGCAGGUGAAGAGUGCGCUGGUGGAGGUGAAGGAGAAGAUGGAUGACAUCAAGACGGGGGAAGUUCGGUCCAGAGGCUCUCGGGGCUCCAUUUCGUCUGGGGACGGUACACUGUAUGAGGGCAUGCUCUCUGUGAGGGGAAGCAGCGCCAAUCUGAGGAAGAGUCAGUGGUCCCUGAGAGAUCUCAAGAAGAUCAAGCCAGACUCAGGACUAAAGAAGAUCAGACCCUACACAGAGGAGGUGACAUUGAACCCAAUGACUGCGUACCCCUUCCUUAUCCUGUCGGAGGACAGGAAACAGGUGAAGAGAGGCGAGAAGCUCCAGUUCUACAGGAACAGCCAGCACCGCUAUGACGUCUGGUCCUGUGUCCUUACAAAAGAGGGAUACAACUCCGGACGCCAUUACUGGGAGGUGAGUGUUGGAGAGAAUAAGGACUGGAAGCUGGGUGUGGUUCGUGAGUCAGCACAGCGGAAGGGCCUGUUCGAUAUGAGUCCUCCAAAUGGCUACUACUCCCUCUGGUGGAGUGGAGGCCAUUUGCGUGCACUUACUGCCCUGCCCCUCACUAAGGUGAAGGUGUCACCACGGUUACGCAGGGUGGGCGUGUUCCUGGACGUGGAGGAGGGUCAUGUGUCGUUUUACAAUGCCAAGUCAGGCGCCGUGAUCUACAGCUUCACGGGAUCAGAGUUCACCGAGAGGAUGUUCCCCCUGCUGGGCACCGGGGACAAGGAGGUACCCCUGGUCCUGAUGAGCACACAGUAACCCAGCCUCUGUGUGUGUAUCUGUGUGUCAUUAGGAGAGCGUGAUCCCACCGCUGAAGAGGAGAGAUGAGGGAAAUGAAAGCUGUUGAGCGAAAGCUACUCUAGUCUAAGGCGAGAGAGCACCUGACUGUUUUUAAUCUCCUUAUGUAGAUGAGCAAUGUUUUCUGACCGCAUGAAAUAAAAACUAAUUGAUCAACCUUUCAAAGGCUUUUUUCCCCACUCGCGGGUGUGUGAGGGAGGACACAACACAGUACACCAGUCUGACGGGAGGUGACGAGACGCCACACGUUAUUAACU